AGCAUUUUAAACUCUCAAAGAAAUAACAAAUGCAGAUAAAACAUUUUAACGUUAUCAAGAGUUGGUAGUCCACAAAACGCAGACCAGGGUUUAAGUCCUUGCUCUAUACAGCAAUGGCAGACAUAACAUUGCCUUCCACAUAUCAAUGUACAAGCCUUAGAACCACUUCUAUAGUUCCUGGUUCGAAUAGGCGGCUUCAAUUUAUCCAUGUGAAACCCAGACAUUUUCCUUCAAAUUUAUGGCAAAGAAUGAUUUGCAGAUUCCGAUUAAUAACAACAAUGGCGACGGAGGGCUUCAAUCCCUCUACGGAGGUGGAGAGGCGCAGAAAUGUAUUGACAGAGGCGGGAAGGAGCAAGAAAAGAGCCGGGCAGAGCUCGAGCGGGCGGCUGGAGGGGCGAGCCAAGCAAAGGCGCGCGCAGGAGAUGAUCGCUGAACGCAGGCGCCGCCUCAGGGCCAUGAGAGCCCAAGAGAUGGGCUCCAAAAUUGUCAAGAAGCCAUGGAAGCAGAGCCAGCUUUACGGCUUCUUAUACGGCGAAGGAGAAGAAGAGGAAUUCACAGAAGACGAAUUGCAGAUGAUGGGGUUUGGUUACGAGAGAAACGUUCGGUUUAAAGACCAGAACGAUCCUUAUAUAAGGAACCCGCUUGACUGGUUUAAGUAUGGCCCCUAUAGCCCCCAAGCCUCCAAGGGGGUUGUAGUAGGGAAGCCCAUCAGAGGCAGGUUUUAUGAUAACAGGGUCACUAUGUUUACCACUGUUAAAGACGCCGAGGAACAGGAAAGGAUUGACCAGCAUGACGCUGUGGUUGAUUAUGAUAGGAAAAUUGAGAGCUUUGAUGAAAGUGUUGGAGUUAAGUAUUUUUGGGCAUUUGUGAGAAAGACAUUCAGAGAUGAGCCCCUGAUGCCAUGGAAUGAGUGGACUUUGGUAGCCCAGAUUGCUGUGGAGAGAAGACCGGAUUUGGACAAAUAUAAGUUGGGGCGGAUGUUGGGAAAACGCUCUAAGAAUUUGAUUACUCGGUGCACUGCUUGGUUUAGGCCUGAUUUGAUCUACGUUAAAAAACCCAUAUAUCAGGUGAGGUUUGAGCCCCAGGAGGGGUUUUUUCGUGGUCUUGUGGGAUUGCUUGAUCCAUUGACAGAAGAGGAGCACAGUUUUCCAAUUCCCGGAAGCAAGGAGGAAGUAUUAAGGGACACUUAUUAUGGGGUUCUGUGUAGGCUACUUGGUGUUGAUCAGAGCGUUUCUGAUGAUGAUGUUGUGAAGGCGUAUGAGAUGAUGGAGGAGGAGCAGAGAUCCUUGUGCUUGGAUUUCCUGCUUUCCAACCAGCCUGUGGAGCUUCUUCAUCCUUUUACCAAGGGGUGGAGGGACCGGAAUCAAGCUAUUGAAGAAGGUCGUAAUUCUGUAAGUGAUAGUGAGCUUGGGCAGAAUUUAAGCAGUGAUGUGGUGUUUUUAGAAGAUGAGGAUGAAGAGAACGAGGAGUCCGUACACGAUUCUUUUACUCAGCAGGAAAUGUUUUGGGAGAAAGAAUUCAACAAAAGGCUGAGAGAAUUCGACGAAGAAGAAUUCGUGGAGAUGGAAGAUUCAGAGAUGAAUGGGGAUGAGUCUGAGAUACGAAAAGAGGAUUUAAACAGUUUGGGAUGGGAAAAUGCUAUGGAGCCAUUGUAUAAUAAAACCCCACAGUCUGCAGAUGGUGAAGAUAAAGACAAUGAUGAAAACUUAUAUCCCUCUAGUUUUUUGGUUAAAUCUGCAGUCCGACCUUUUACCUACAAGAAUAUCCUCAGAGAGAUUUCUCUUCUGCGACUUGCUCUAGUUGAACAGAGAAGACACAGUCAUGAACCUAUAAGGUUUUUCUAAUGCAGAGCUUUGUAUCUCCUAAAAAAUGCAAUAUAAUAUCGUCUAUUUGCGUACAAAACUCUUGAUAGAGAAUAACAUUUGCAUUGGAAAAAUGUUCGUUGGCAUACAAAUGAAAAGCUGUAUUCCAAAAUAUAGCAGGAAGAUGCGUCAGAUUAGUUCGUCUGUUUAGGCUAGCUCAAGAAGAUGGGUCGGAUUAAUCUAUGGGGAAGUCUAGGUUUGUGAAAUGUUCUAAUAUCUGAAGAGUUAUCUUUGGAUAUGAAUUCCAAGAUAGUCUUGACUUUUUGUUUCAUUAUUCUUUUGGGCAUAUUGAGAAUCAGGGACUGAUGGGCUCACAAACGCUUUCCAAAAGUGCACUACAAUGUUAAAAAGGACGUGGUCAUGCUUACCCAGAUUUAGGAAUCACCUCAAAAUUGCUUGGGACACCUUUUCUGGUCCCACGAAACUUAAUUUAGUUGGUCCAGUUCUUUUGUUCCUUAAUUAUUUAUUUUCAAAAACCUAUAAUGUUGUAAGGGCUGUUCAAUUGUAGAUUCCUGCAACCCAUCUGUUUUGCUGCUUUGUAGCUGUUUCUGGGUUGUUAGGUGAUACUGCUGAUUCUGGCAGUUCCUAUUUUUGGGUUUUUUGUUUUUUGACUCCUUAUAUAGGAGUUUUUGGUGUUAAUGUUUAGGGGAUGAUAUUUGGG